AUGGCUCCAAUUCGACUGGCUCUCAUUGGGCUCUCUCAGUCCGCAAAGACGUCUUGGGCGAGGUAUAUGCCAUUCUAUCGGCCUCACCAUGCUCUGCCACAGCUGACUUUUGUUGCAGCGAAGGCCAUCUUCCAUACCUGCUAUCAGAGCGUGGCAGAGAACGCUACCAAAUCAAAGCGCUUCUCAACUCGAGUGUCGAAGCCGCACACCGUGCAAUCGAGUGCUACAACCUUUCUCCAGAAGUGAAAGCGUACGGAUCACCCCACGAGCUCGCCGCGGAUCCUGACAUUGAUCUGGUCGUCUGCACCACUCGUGUUGAUGUUCACUACGAUACCAUCAAGCCAAGCAUUGAAGCGGGCAAGGCUGCGUUCGUCGAGUGGCCUCUGGCUGAGAACGCGAUCCGAGCCAAGGAAUUGGCAGAUCUUGCGCGAAAGUCGGGUUCGCAGACUAUUGUCGGUUUGCAAGCUCGAGUGGCGCCAGCGAUCCUGAAACUCAAAGACAUCAUCCAGUCUGGAAAGUUUGGCAAGGUGCUGAGCAGUAAUGUGCACGCACAUGCCUCCUACCUCAAUCGGGACUCGAUGUCCGAGGGUUUGAGUUAUUUCCUGGACAAGAAAGUCGGCGGCAAUCCCAUAACGAUUGCAUUUGGACACAGUAAGACAUUCUUGUAUUCUUGCGGUUUUCCAGGAAAAAAUUACUGAUCACAGGACAGUGAUCGACUAUGUCCACUCAGUCCUAGGCGAGUUUCAAGCCAGCAACCAUCAUACCCAAAUCCAACGUCCACAACAGAGAAUCUACAACAAAGACACGGGCGCAGCCAGACCUUUCACCUCCGACGUCCCCGAUCUCCUCUCCCUCCACGGCACCCUGAAAUCUUCCCCUUACACCAUCGACGGCGCAAGUCUACUCGUCCACUAUCGAAGCGGCCCAUCCUUCCCAGGCACCAAACCUCUUCUCUGGACCAUCAACUGCGAAAAGGGCGAGCUACGAAUCUCUAGCGAUCGUACGCCUUCUCUGCAAGCGGAAGGAAGUGCCCAUCCCAUUCCGAUCGAGGUACAUGAUUUCGAAACGGAUGAGGUUAGCAGCAUAGAGUGGCAGUGGGAAGAUUGGCAGGUACCGCUCUUUCCUCGAGGAAGGAAUAUCGGAAAGUUGUAUGAUCUCUAUGCUGAGGGGAGAUUUGAUGCUUGUCCUGGGUUUGAGGAUGCUGUGGUGAGGCAUGAGCAAAUUGAUGGGAUGUUGUGGGUAAGGAAGUGAGAGGCAUCUCGGCUUCUGCUGCUUUGCCAAGCUGGCCACGGCCGCCGAGCAGCUGAGAUUCUGGCGGAGACCUCAGAUCUCAAAUGAUUCUUACGCUCGCAGUGGCGCGGUUGCUUUUCUGUCAGCUUCUAGGAAAGUCGAACAAUCGUCAUGUGGUUCCUUCUGUCAUCCUUACAAAUAUGUUUGUCUGUCCCCAGCGGUUCAUUCUGAAAACUCGACCUUGAUAGUGUUAGGAAGGCGAUUGCGCGAGAGUCACGAUGUAUCCUCUCUCGCGAAGCCAUGCCUCUCAUCGUAAACAUCUACAACAACUUCAAGUUUUGCAAAGUAAUGUUCUUCCCUCACCCUACCCUACCCCGGCAAGCCUGUUGAUCUGGUGGCCCGUGCGCGACGUGAAGUCAAAACUUCGAACUCAAUUUGUGAACAUCGCAUCAACAAUCUUCAGCACAUCAACAACCUGCACCGGGACAUGUCGGGCCACAAGAGUAAGGCGAGUUAUUGAGACAUCAUUUGGUCGAGCUUAUAUUCUGACUAGAGGGCGCAGAAGCGGAAGACUGAAGCCAGCAGCAACGACCGCGAUGGGGCUCCCGAUACAACAAAACCCUCCGCCGUCUUCAAGCCAACGGGUGGUCGGGACUUCACGUUGAGCAUUGCACUUCCGGGAAGUAUCAUUGCGAAGUAUGUCGAAGAUUCGACUUGACGUUUUCGUCUCCGUCUCGGUCUCCGCAGCGAGGUUCAAGUGCCGGAGGGAAAGGCUGACAAGUUUCACAGUGCCCUUACGCAUGACCAAAAGACUAGCCUGGCCGGUCAAAUUGCUCGGGCUUGUGCGGUAUUCUGCGUGGACGAAGUUGUCAUCUUUGAUGAUGGCCAAGCCCAAACUCGUGAGCCGGAGCGAGAUGGAUAUACUGCCUUUGCAGACCCCAACUUCUUCCUGUAUCAUGUCCUGACUUACCUGGAGACACCGCCGAAUCUGAGGAAGGCUUUGUUUCCCAUGCACCCGGAUCUACGGACUGCUGGCGCCCUUCCAUCUCUCGACAUGCCGCAUCAUAUCAGGAGCGACGAGUGGUGUCCGUUUCGAGAAGGUAUUACGACUGGCCCAGGAAAGACAGGCAGCUCGGCUAUUGUGGAUUGUGGUCUGCGGCAGAAGGUCGUGAUUCCGGUGGAGAUUGAAGCUAAUACACGAGUCACUCUCUCAUUGCCCACCGAUCUACCCAACAGUCAUGCCAGCACAAUACAUGGUGAAGCAGUGUCUCCGGAGACGCCUCGCGAGCAGGCGGGGUAUUACUGGGGUUACAACGUUCGGCAAGCCUCUUCCCUUGGAACCGUCUUCACCGAGUGUCCGUUUGAUGGCGGCUACGAUGUUAGUAUCGGAACGAGCGAGCGAGGAAAGCCAGUCAAUGCGAUCACCAACAGCCAAGAUCCGAGCUACGUGGAGCUGAACUGGAAACAUUUUUUGGUUGUCUUCGGAGGUGUAUCUGGACUCGAGGCCGCCCUUGCUGCCGACGAAGAGCUUCAAGCCGCGGGAGUGAGCAAGGCCGAGGAAUUAUUUGAUCGCUGGAUCAAUCUCGUCCCCGGACAAGGAAGCCGGACCAUCCGAACCGAAGAAGCCGUCUGGGUUGGAUUGACGGGAUUGAGGCCCUUGAUUGAGUCCAGAAGCGCCAAUUGA